UUGGCCCCGCCCACCGCCGGCUGCAGCCGCCUCCGGGCGCUGUUUGCUCCCAGUUCCCUCCCAGUGCUCCCAGUAAGAGCGGGACUGGCAGGGAAAGCGCUCCCAAUUCCUUCCCGCUGAUCUCAGGAUCGCUCUCGGUGCUCUCAGGAUCGCUCCCACUGCCGCGCGGGCCGGGGCCGCUAUGGGUAACCCACCCUAGGGCAGAGCGCGGCGCCUUUUGGGUGCCGGCACUGCCCGGGCCGGGCUGGGAGCGGAGGAGGAGCGGGAGGAAGAGGAGGGACAGAGAAAGAGGAAAAGGAAGAAGACGAGCAGGAACUGGAGAAAGAGACGGACAAGGAAGAGCAGCAGCAUCAGCAACAGCACGCGGUUCCCCCGCUCAGGCUGCAGCUCCCCCGGCUCCUGCUGCAUCGCCCUCCUCGCCUCCAGAACCCGCAGCAGGAUUUCCCGUUCCUAAACCUUGGCCGGAUGGAGGAAGAGGAGGCUGCGAGGAAGAUGGCCCGGGAGCCCCAGGCAGGCACUGAGCUGAGGGCAGAGACCAGGGAGGAUGAGUCACCACAGCAGAACCUUGUGGAUGAGGCCAUUUUGAGCAGCUCCACAGCACAGGAAUCUAACGGGGAAGAAAAGCCCCGGAGAUCCCUCACGAGGAGGGGCUGCAAACGCAGAUCACGGGGAUCUGAGGAGGAAAGACCCACCCUGGGCCGGGAAGGGGGCCGGAGCUCACAGCUGGGGGUCCCCGAGCAGCUUCAGGAUGGGGAGAAGCCCCACAGGUGUGGGGAAUGUGGGAAGAGCUUCAGCCGAAGCUCAGCCCUGAUCCGCCACCAAAGGAUCCACACUGGAGAAAGGCCCUAUGAGUGUGGGCAGUGUGGGAAGAGCUGCAGAGAUAACUUUGACCUGAUCAACCACCAGAGGAGCCACGGGGAACGGCCGUAUGAGUGUGGGGAAUGUGGGAAGAGCUUUCAGAGAAGCUCCACUCUUCUGAAGCAUCAGCGGACACACACAAAUGAGAGGCCCUAUGCGUGUCCCAAAUGCGGGAAGAGGUUUCAGACAAGCUCCCAUCUGCUCACACACGAGCGGAUUCACACAGAUGAGAGGCCCUUCCGCUGCCCCCACUGCAUGAAGGGCUUCAAAUAUAACCCCGACCUCAUCAAGCACCGGCGCAUCCACACUGGGGAGAGGCCCUACGAGUGUCCUGAGUGUGGGAAGAGAUUCACCCAGAAGUCGAACCUGAUUGUCCACAAGAGAAUCCACACCGGCGAGAGGCCCUAUGAGUGUGGGCUGUGUGGGAAGAGAUUCAGCCAGAGCUCUGAACUGAUGCUUCACCAGAGGAUCCACACUGGGGAACGGCCUUACGAGUGUCCCGACUGUGGGAAGACCUACAGCCGAAGCGAUCACCUGAUGAUCCACCAGAGGAGCCACACUGGGGAGCGACCCUACGAGUGUGGGGAGUGUGGGAAGAGGUUUCAAAGCAGCUCAGAUGUCCUCGUACAUCAGCGCAUUCAUACAGAUGAGAGGCCCUUCCGCUGCCCUGACUGUGGGAAGGGCUUCAAGCACAACUCCACCCUGGUCACCCACCAGCGCAUCCACACUGGGGAGAGGCCCUACAAAUGUCCCCAGUGUGGGAAGACCUUCAGCCAGAGGUCAGCCUUGACCCAACACGAAUGGAGGCACCACUCGGAAAGCCCUGUGAGUGCCCCAAGUGCGCCCCAAGUGUGCACUGCUACAGUUCCCCAGGUGUGCACUGCUACAGUUCCCCAGGUGUGCACUGUUACAGUUCCAUACCCCGUGGCAGUGUUUGUGCUGCAUGCUGUCCAGUGGGCAGAGCCCCAGUGAUCUGUGGUGCUGGUAAGCUGUGUUGGGAAGACACCUGGCUGGGGGCUCCACCUCUUAAUGGCUCCAUGUGGCCUUGAUUAUCUUUUAAUUUCUCUCUGUCCUUUCAAAACGCCCCAAACCAGGAUAAAAAUAAAAACAUUGAACUAAGACAAGGA